AUGGUGUGGGAAAAUCAGACCUUCAACUCUGUCUUCAUCCUGCUGGGAAUCUUUGAACACAGCCCCACCCACACCUUCCUUUUUUCUCUGGUCCUGGGCAUCUUCACAGCGGCCUUCACGGAAAAUAUUGCCAUGGUUCUCCUCAUCUACUUAGACAAACAGCUCCACACCCCCAUGUACUUCCUCCUCAGUCAGCUGUCCCUCAUGGACCUCAUGCUCAUCUGCACCACUCUACCCAAGAUGGCCUUUAACUACUUGUCUGGGAAGAAAUCUAUCUCUCUGGCAGGUUGUGGAACUCAGAUAUUCUUCUAUGUGUCCCUGCUUGGAGCUGAAUGUUUCUUGUUGGCUGUCAUGGCUUACGACCGCUAUGUGGCUAUAUGUCACCCUCUUCGAUACACCAUCCUCAUGAAUCAGAAACUCUGCGUCUUCAUGACUGUUGCUUCCUGGACCUUGGGGUCUGUUGACGGCAUUAUAGUGCUUGUAGCUGUCCUGUCAUUUUCUUACUGCAGAUCUCUGGAAAUUCAUCACUUUUUCUGUGACGUUGCUGCCCUUUUACCUCUAUCCUGCACAGAAACAUCUGCAUUUGAAAAACUACUUUUUGUUUGUUGUGUGGUAAUGCUGAUCUUUCCAGUUUCAGUUAUCAUACUAUCCUAUUCCCGUGUCCUUCGAACCGUCAUCCACAUGGGCUCUGGGGAAAGUCGCCGCAAAGCCUUCACUACCUGCUCCUCCCACCUGUCUGUGGUCGGACUCUACUAUGGCGCUGCUAUGUUCAUGUACAUGAGACCAGCUUGUAAACAUGCACCAGACCAGGACAAGAUGGUGUCGGCCUUCUACACUAUUCUCACCCCUAUGCUGAACCCUCUCAUUUACAGUAUCCGCAACAAAGAGGUGUUCAGGGCACUACAGAAGGUACUGAAGAAAAGGAAGUUAAUAUGA